CUCAAAGCCUAAAAUGGCCGAGACAGACUACCACUAACAUGUGGUGUCAUGCCCAAUUGCCCACUAACUGGUAACUACCCAGAGGAACUUGGCGUUUUCAAUCAAUGAUUCUCCGUCUUCAGUCUCAAGCAAAUGCAUCAGCAACUGAAAUCCAUGUUGACGACGCUGAAAUCUCUUCCCUCGCCUCUCAACCUCAAAUCCAACCCAUUUUCUUCAUCUUCAUCAUCAUCAUCUUCUUCGUCAUCUUCGGUGAAGCAUCCACAAUGGUCCGGUCUCCAGAACUGGAGAGAAGGCCCGCUGAACCACAGCCGGUUCUGGGGACCCUCUGGUCCCCAACCGCCGGCGGGUAUUGAGCUUGACGGUGGAGCGGCGGCGUCCGGUUGUUCGCUGGCGGAGAUGGGUUCUGUGGUGCUUAACACUGCCGACCCUUUAACCAAGUCCCGGCUCUCUCACCUGGCUUACUCUCGCUGGCGCACUGAAAAUCUCCCAAUUGGGGUCUCUGAGCCGCCGCCUCGCCCCGCGCGCCCUCCUAAGCCUCCACUGGUUUCCCCAAAAGAAAUUCCAGCUCCCAAAAACUCAGGUUUGCCUCUCAAUGCGUAUAUGCUCCAUAAUCUUGCUCAUGUGGAGCUAAAUGCCAUCGAUUUGGCAUGGGACACUGUUGUCCGAUUUUCAACUUACACUGAACUUCUUGGAGAGGGGUUUUUUGCUGACUUUGCUCACGUGGCUGAUGACGAGAGUCGUCAUUUUGCUUGGUGUUCACAGAGAUUGGCUGAGCUCGGCUUCAGUUAUGGAGACAUGCCAGCUCAUAAUCUCCUCUGGAGGGAAUGUGAGAAAUCUUCAGACAGUGUUGCAGCACGAUUAGCUGCAAUCCCACUAGUUCAGGAGGCUAGGGGACUCGAUGCUGGGCCUCGGCUUGUGCAAAAGUUAGUGGGAUUUGGAGAUCUGAGGACAUCAAACAUUGUGUCAAGGAUUGCCAAUGAAGAAGUUGCACAUGUGGCAGUUGGUGUCUACUGGUUCAUCUUGGUCUGCGAAAAGAUGGGUCGUGCUCCUUCCUCCACUUUUAAAGAUUUGUUAGAGGAGUACAAUGUGGAGUUGAAAGGGCCCUUCAAUUAUUCAGCUCGAGAUGAAGCUGGAAUUCCCCGAGAAUGGUAUGAUCAUCCCUCAUCUGCUAAUAACCAGUGCAAGAAAGAGCAGCUUUCUGAGGUCUAUGAAAGGCUUGCUUGCGUAAUCUCUAUGGAGAAAGAGAAUUCAAGUUUGAAUGCACCCACUAGUAAAUAGUCAUUGGCAGAAUCAACAUGGAUAUAAUGAGGUGUUUUCUCAGAUAAAUCAGCAUGGCUCGGAGCAGGAUUUUCUCAGGAAAAUAUGAUUCUGUUUUGCUGCUGCUGGCUAGCCGCUUUUGUGGAAGGUUAGAUUGCUUGCAUGGAGUUUUUGUUAUAAUUGUUGUUCUUGUUCCUUUGUACAUGUUCCUGUUGCAGUUUGAAUUUAUUAUAUAUAUAUAUAUAUAUAUUUUGUUUUGUAA